UCUCUCCCAUCCUGGGGAGGAUUAAUUGACAGCAGGUCUCAGAGGAUCACCGAAAGUGAAUCAUGGCACAACGACAAGGGGCACCCAAAUUUGGCAGCAUAGGAGCCUUGUUGCUGGUGUUGGGAAUGCUGAUGAUGAGAAGAGGGCUCUGCCUGCAGCAGUAUUCUGGAUAUAAUUCUUGUGAUUAUGUUGGAGAAGUACCCAACAGAGGUUCUCAGUUGAGCCGUUCCCAUUAUGUAUGCGGCCGACCGGCUGCCCUGAAUAGGAAUGUUGGGGGUGAGGACUCUGUGGAAGGGGAAUGGCCAUGGCAGGUCAGUGUGAGGAAGAUGGACAAGCACCUUUGUGGAGGGGCCCUCAUCACCCAUGACUGGAUUGUGACAGCAGCACAUUGUUUCCGACCAGAUGAUGAUCCCUCCCAGUAUACUGUGAUGUUGGGUGCCAACAAGUUGGAGAGCUCCUGGCAGCACAAGCAAUCUCUUCGGGUUGGAAACAUCAUCAGAAAUCCUCGGUAUGCUGGGGAGGCCACGAGCGGAGACAUUGCCUUGGUGCGGCUGGUUCACCCAGUGAGGUACACCAACUACAUCAUUCCCAUCUGUGUGCCUGCAGCCAAUGUGGAGUUCCCCCCUGGUAUGAUGUGCUGGGUCACUGGCUGGGGAGACAUCAGUGAAGGACAGGACCUACCUUCUCCAAAAAAGCUCCAGAAACUCCAGGUGCCCAUAAUAGAUAUCCAGACCUGCAGAAGACUCUACAGCAUUGACAUGGGCCAGAGCCUGCCUCGGAAACAAAUCCAAGAUGACAUGAUGUGUGCCGGGUAUGCCGAGGGCAUGAAGGACACAUGCAAGGGUGAUUCUGGUGGCCCACUGAUGUGCAAGAUGAAUCAGGAAUGGCUCUUGGCUGGUAUCGUGAGCUGGGGGGAAGGUUGUGCUGAGAAGAACCGCCCCGGUGUGUACAUUCGCCUCACCUCGUACCAGGACUGGAUUCACAGGAUUAUCCCCAAUCUGGAGUUCAUUGAGGCAAGCAGGGGCAACCUCAGGGUCAAGAAUCAAGGCACUGGUGGAGCCGAUGGGAGGAGACAAGCCGUCUUUAUCAUUGCUGUGCUGCAGAUCUUGGUGUGGACCCAUACUCAUGUCUUAGCGUAG